CAAAAAAGAAUAACAAUAAAAUGAACUGCAAAAAACGGGCCGUGUUUAAUUGUUUUUUCAUUUUUUGAUUCUGACAGCAAAAACGGUUAUUUGGGUUUUCGUUUUGAAACAGAAAACAGAUAAACGGUAUUUUCCCGGACCGUGUUGACCAAACGUCCAUAUGUGAGGAGUUGGGAGCAACAAUAUAUUGAGCAGAACUAUAAAAAUGCGACAGCGGUUGAUAUAAUGCUGCCAACGUGGGUUGUCUUUGGGUGUGUCGCCUGCUUCGUGGUACCAGUGCUGGGCUGUGAUCCAAAGGAAUACGCGACAAGGGAUGGGCAGUGCUGCCCGGUGUGUUUCGAAGGUACCGUUGUUAGAAGAGACUGCACACAGCAGUUAGGCACAAAGUGUGGCCCCUGUGAGUAUGGGACGUAUAUGAACCAACCCAAUGGCCUGAAUAAGUGUUUCCCCUGCACUUCCUGUAACCCGGGUCAUGGCCUCUUUGUCCAACAGGAGUGCAGAGCAACACACAACACCGUUUGUGAGGUUUUACCUGGGUAUUUCUGCAAAAGCUUUGCAGAUGAUACAGGAUGUAGUUUGGCAGAGAAACAUAAACGCUGUGCAGCUGGUGAGAGGAUUAAAGAACCUGGAACCAGCAGAACUGAUACGGUGUGUGAACACUGUCAGCCAGGAUACUUUUCACAGGAUGGGGUGAACUGCACAGCGUGGACCAUUUGUUCAGAAACUCAAGUAAAGUUAAAAGAAGGAAACGCAACCCGCAACGUUGUCUGUGGAUCUGCUUCAAGAACUCAUUACUCGUAUAUACCUUUAUUAUUAUUAUCAUUAACAUUUUCUGGGAUUGUGAUCACAGGUUAGUGCUUGUUUUGCAUUCCUAAUGUGAGGCGGAUGUUUUCAGAUUGAUCCAGAGAGAAAAACGUGUGUUCAAAUGUAGUUUUAGUUUCCUUUUCCUUCCUGAAUUAGCAUCCAUACUUUUAAUGUUUAUAAGUUUUUGCUUUUAAACCCUAAUUGACGAUUAGUGACAUUGUUUAAAUCACUUCUCAACACUUAAAAAAAAGCUUUUUAGUAAUACUAGCACACUGUUCUGUUUCCAACAUGUCUGUCUCAUUGUUUUUGGUUUUCUCUUACAAUGUAGGUACGAUUGCUGCGAAACCUUCGGUGCAAGCUAAUCAAAAGUUCUAUAAAGUUUGUUGAUACCUCAUUUUAUAUUCAAUAUACUGACCAAUUAACUUUAAAAGGGCGUGAAUCAGAACAUAAAUGGACCAAUGUCAACCACAUUGAGCUUAUGUCCACAUAAGUCAAAUUGACAGUAAGGUCCACAUAAGAGAUAUAAAAUUAAAUAAAUAAAUCUAGUUUUUGAAGCCCUGAUGACUGGGAAAAUAUCACUGACUUUUCCUGGAGCUGCAUCAAUCAAUAUUUGAUUAAAUGUGUGUCAGUGAUGUCACUCGUAGUGAUGGACCCUCAGCUCCUCUUAGUUGUGACUGAUAAACUGACUGUUCACUACCUGCCCAGCACUAAACAGCUGACAGGCACCAGGAGCUGCGGCAGUGAACACAGCGGAACAGCUAAACAGCUAAAGUUGCAGUAAGUUAGCUGCAAAGACCAGUUCACUGUGAAAACAACUUAAAUAGCAUGUUUCUAAAAUGUUCCCACACGCUAUUUAAAGACCUUAUUUUGAACCUUUUGAAUCUUUUCUUUCACAGCUUUUUGAUAAAUAGAAAUGCUUUUUACUCGUUAACAUUUGGCAGCUAUACUAUACCGCAGGGUCUUAAAAAGUAUUAAAAGGUAAUAGAUCAAUUUUGCUAUUAUCUGCUAUUAUUUGCGAUUAUCCACUAUUUAUGAGGUAUUACAUUUUGUAUAUUUUUUUUCAAUGUGAAUUUCCUGUUUUCCCAAAUAGUUUGCAUGCUAAAAGAUUGGGUUAAUGUAUUUAUUUAUAUUGCAUAGCCAAAACUACUAGAUAGGUAGGUACGACAUUGUGAUUCUUCUGUGUAACUAAAGGUUCAGGGAUCUACCGUGCUAGUAUUUCACUCUCAUACGCCCCUAAAAAUAAAUCCGUGCUAAAAUAAUUUACGAGUGAAAGCGACCAUAAUCUUCCAUCACCCCAAAGUUUGAUCUGCUGCAGCAAACUUUCUAAAUGUUAAACUCGUUUAAAGUUGAAGACCAACCACCUGUAGAGUAUUUUUCUUCCACAAAGAUGUAAUGAAUGAAAACAACCUCUGUCAAUAUGUGCUGCUUCUAGCUGCCUCCUCCUGAGAGCAACACGCUCCCCUUGUAUUAUUUUACCUCUGUUUUACUAAAGUUAUUGUUAUAUAUAUAUGUUAUACACAGGCCCUUUAAAAUGUACUGACUUUUACCUCAGGAUUCAUGUGUAUACAGCAUUCAUGCAUCAGUAAGAGUACCAAUAAUGUAAUAUUGUUUAACACUUGUGGUACAAAUAAAGUUCUGUUGCCUUGACUAAUUGAA